AUGUUGCCCACGGCCCUGAAAAGCAUCUACCAGCAGUACAAGGCCGACACGGAUGUGGUUGCCAACUGGCUAGCCACCACUGCCUAUGCUCGCGGCUAUAGCAGCGUCGGCUCGGAUCCUCCUGCGAAGACCCCGGGCACCAAGGCUCAGCAUGUUCUCGCCAUCAAGGACUUCACGCCCAUGGCAGCCCAUCUUGCCAACACAGCCACCUUGAAGGUCCCGCACUUUUUUGCCGUUGCCAUUGAACGCGCUAUACGGGUGCGAAAGGCCUUUUCCAAGAAACUGGCUGCCAGCGGGGCGUUCACGGACAUUGAAUCGGAUAGCAAACAUGCUUAUUUCGUGAACGUGCUCGAAGAGGUGCGCAACCUGCUGAAGCCGGCCCUGGAGGCCGGCGUCUUCAACGCAGAGGAGCUGAAGAACGCGGAAACCACGACUGAAAAGUCAAAGAACCCACUCACAAACGUUUUCGGCAUUCUUGGUGUAUAUGAGCCCUCGGACGCUUUCAUCAACGCACCCGAUGUCGUUGUGCCGAAGACGCCUGAGUUGGAAUACAUUGCCGAGUCCGACAAAUCAACCGACGAGGCCAUAUUUGCUCUCACUGCUCUGUUCGAUGACUACGAGCUUUUGCGUACCGAAAUCACGUCUCUAUGGGCCAAGUACGUCGCCGGCUCAUUGGACUUGGCGGCUGUCUCAGUCGCAACGAACACAGCCUUCGAGAUAGCCCGCGCCCUCGAGGACGAUAUUCAGCCAAUCCUGGAGAACAACGGCGGCUCAGAGCGUCUGGUUUAUACCUACUUCGAGGCCCUAUCCUCCGCGCGUGGGGUCGAGAUCAUGCCGAAACAGCGGCCGUAUGAUGCAUUCAACCUAGAAGCAUAUGAUAUUGCCAAGAUUUGCCUGGUAAACACACAGGCAACACUCAACCGUUAUCGCGCUGAUAACCCCCCCAACACCACGUUUAUAAUUUACGACGGGGUUUUUGGCUGGUACGAUGAGGCCCUGGGUGCAUCUGGAGAGACCAAUCGUCGGAAGGAUGAGCAGGAUACCACGGGAUUGUUGGAAAUCCUUACUGGUCUGCAUUUCCUGUGCUCUCAUCUGGGCAAGGGAUUGGUCGAGGACGAGAUGGUCCGCGGCAUGGAUGCUAUGAUGAACGCGCCCUGGGGCAGUACAACACCCCUGUGGUUUGCCUGGGCAGCGCAAAUCUACCUCGACAUCCUCCAAAACCUUGGCAAGGACUGCGACAAGGGCUAUCACGAAAUGCAGCAAGAGGUGUUCAAGAUCAAGAAGGCAAUGGCCGAUGUCCCCAUCAAGUGCCCAGAACGCAACAACGUGUUGGGGAGGCUUCGCGAUGGGAUACGGAUCCGAUGA